AUGACGGGAAGGAGUAGAGAAGUAGCGGAUGUGAUGAAGAGGAGAAAUAUUAACAUCCUUUGUGUCCAGGAGACCAGAUGGCGAGGUAACAAGGCCAGAGAUGUGGGAGAUGAGUACAAGCUCUUUUACAUUGGAGCAAAGAAGGAAGAAAAAGGAGGUGUGGGAGUGGUAUUGAAUGCUGUGUGGAAGAAACACAUUGUGAAUGUAAACAGGUGUAGUGACAGAGUAAUGAGCAUUGAGCUAAUGUAUAGAAAAGUCACAGUUAACAUCAUCAGUGCCUACGCACCACAAGUCUGCUGUAGCAUUGAGGAGAAAGAGGAUUUUUGGGAACAGAUGUGA